UCUGCUCCCGGGGGCGAUGCGGGUCUCACGGACACUGAUCGAAACCCCUAAAAUCAGUUGGAAAGUGGCUGGUUGGAGCUCACGGAAAUUAGACUUGAACUGCGCUGUGUGUUGGUUCAAUGAGCUGUGUGGCACUUUCACUUUCCCUGUUACUUCAUCCCAGACUUACAGGAAGAGAGACAGAGGGAGCGAGACAGAGGCGGCUGAAACACGAAAGCAUCAGUCACCCCAUGUCUUUAACUUCCCCGAGAAGGUCCCAGGAAUGGCAGCGCUCGGGGGUGGAAGCUGCAAAAAGGUCAGAGGCAGGGUGGGAAUGAGCCCUGGCUGGUGGCUGCAUUUGAUGGCUCUGUGGACUCUCUAUGGAGUCGCUGGAGCACAGGCAUCCAUCACAGCUCAGUAUGGCGAGGACAUCACUCUGGGCUGCGCCUUCCACCACAUACCGGGGGUAAAACUCCAUCGACUGAACAUCACCUGGAAGAUGCAGAGAGCCGAGGGCGCAGCUCUCCUGGUUCACAGCUACUAUGGGCAGAGGGACCUGUGGCAGGGACAGGACAAGCUUUACCGGGGCCGGACGCAGCUGGACCCAGAGGGGAUCCACACAGGAAAUGCGUCCCUGCGACUCAGGGCUGUGCGCUUCCAGGACGAGGGCUCCUACCUCUGCUACGUCACCUCUGAGCUGGGAACCUCGACCCAGAAGAUUUCCCUGGCCGUGCUAAGGGAGAGUGAAAUGGCGUCUCCCAUCGUAGCUCAGCUGGGGCAGGACAUCGCCCUGAGCUGCCCCUUUGAAUGCGGAUUAAACCUCCAGCCGUUGAACGUCACCUGGAGGAAGGAAGAAGCCGAGGGGCCGGAUCUCCUGGUUCACAGCUAUUGUAACGGGAUGGACACGUUGCAGAGACAAGAUGCCGCUUACAAGGGCAGAACACAGCUCCACCCGGAGAGGUUCCCUCAGGGAAAUGCGUCCCUGACACUAAGGAGAGUUUGCAGCCAGGAUGAGGGAUUCUACAUCUGCCACGUCCAGCCGGAACUGGGGCGGUUUUCGGUGCGGAUGCAAGUUACAGUCGAAGGCUUUGUGAGUGACUGGCAACGGCUAGUUGCGUUCUGUGUCGUCUUGUGUUUAGCCGCAUUAUUAUUAAUUAUACUGUAUAUUAUCAUUGAGCACUGUCCUUCCUUGCUGCGGAGAUUCAGGACUUCUCAGUUUUGCUCCCAAUGGAACCAGCAGGCGGGCAGUGACCAGUCUGAGUCAAACCCGUUGACAGCCAGUGAGUCAGCAAAUCCAAACACAUUCCUGCCACCACCGGCCAGCUCCUUCCGAGAGACAGACUCGAACUCACAGCCCGAUGGAGAGGUUACCACCAGAUGCCCUGGAGGCUCUCGAGUCAUGAGACCAGGUUCUCAUGGUGACACACAGUCUUCCAGCUCCUUGGACUGUCAGCCAGUUCAGGAGCACGAACAACAGGGAAGAGCGGCUACAGAUGUGGUUUGGGGAGACUUUGCCAUGCUCUCUGAAGGAGAAAUUGCAGAACUGAAAGCUGCUGUUGCCACAAAUACCCCACCGGGGCUGGCUGCUGCGCUGCAAGAGGUCAGUGAGGCAGUCAAGAAUGAAGUGCUCAAAGUUGCUGUCGUCGGAGAGACGGGAUCUGGAAAGUCAUCUUUUGUCAAUGCCACCCGGGGUCUGAAAGAACAUGAUGCAGGUGCUGCUGAGACUGGGGUGCUGGGAGAAAUGAUGGUGGAGCCCAAGGCUUAUGCACAUCCCGAACACCCCAACGUGACGUUAUGGGACCUGCCAGGGAUCGGGACAACGAACUGUCCCUUAGAUACUUUCCUUGGGCAGCGUCACUUCAGACAGUGUGACAUGUUCAUUAUCAUCUCCUGUGAGCGCUUCAGAAACACCGACGCCAGACUUGUGGAGGAGAUUCGAACGCUGGGGAAGAUGUUUUACUUUGUCCGUUCCAAAGUGGACUUGGACAUGGCGUCUGCACGGAGAAGAAACGGCUGUGAGGAGAGCGCCCUGCAGACGAUCAGAGAGGACUGUACAUCGCACCUGGGAGGAGAAACCAACGUUUUCCUUAUAUCCAGCUGGGCCCCUGACAAGUUUGAUUUCCCCCGCCUGCAGCGAAUGUUAGCUGAGGAAUUCCGCCGUCACAGGGCGAGCGCUUUGCAGUGGGCUCUCUCAAAGAGCUCCUUACCCAUUUUGCGACAGAUAAAAGUGCCAUUGUAGGAGGCAGAGCAGAUAUGGGGCCAAACUCUCUAUUUAGGUAGCUCCAAUUUACGCCACCAGAUUAUUUGGCCCAUGUCCUAUUUUUGUGUCCCUCUGCCAGCAAAGCCAGGAGCCUGCGAUUUAUUAACAGUCCCACUGGCCAGGGAGUCACAGUUCUUUCCCCGCUCCCCUGGUGCUCUGGGUGGGGUUGGUGUGAUGGUUUGGAGAGCUGUCUCCAGACCUUCUGAACUCUGGGUGAUGCAUGAAAUUGUAUCACCCUGUCGUAGAAAGCCGGAUCCACCUCUGCCGACAGUGCACGCAGCAGGCACACGGCGGGAAGGCCCUAGACAUUCAGCCAUGGCACUUUGACCACACUCACUCUGCUAGAGAGCUGCAGCCUACGGGAGCAAAAACAGUUUGAUCUUCCCUGUCCAGAGGGAAGGGAGAAAUUACACAGCAAAAAAAAAGAAAAAAAAAAAAAAAAGGCCUGAGGCACCAGGUCUUAGUGCCCGCGUCAAUUGACUUGGUCGUGCUCCACAAGGCUAAGAAUAGCCAUGUAAACAUGCCUGCUUGGCAGGGGCACUAUUAACAGAGGGCGGGCACCUGCCCCUCCCCCACCCCAGGUUCGUGUCGCAAUGGAGUGCAAACAGGAAGAGGAACCGCUGCUCCCUGCUCUCCCUGAAGGCCUUGGGUGGGGUCUGAGAAGUUGCUGCAGGCACAGGGUUGUCCCCGCCCCCACCUCUCCUGCUCCGGGAAAUGUAAAUUCCCCAGCUUUGGCCUCUGUGGCUGAGAGCUGUCUGCAUGGCUCCGUCCGCCCCACCCUGAGCAGAGCGGGUAUAACGAGAUCCCCACAUGCCCCCUGAGAGCCUGGGUGCCCAUUAGCCCUCCCAAGCAGCGCUCGCAGCCCCGGCACCAGGGGGCACUCAAAGCCCUUCCUGUGGGGAAAUAGCUCCUCGCUCCCCCGCUGGUGGGACGGGAGCCAGGGGAGGGCAGGGCCUGGCCAGCCUUGGCCCAGAGAAGGGACCCAGCGAGUGCUGAGCUCCAGGAGUCUCCCCCACAAAGCCGGGCAGUUUUAUUUCCAGUGUCACCCUUGGUGCUGCCCUGAGACCUUUCAGUCGCUCCUGACGGAAACCUGAGGACGUUAUUGUCUGUACCUCGGCGUCUCCAUCAGCACAUACAAAUGUUUGCUUUCUGAAAUUAGUCUAUGGACUCUGGGACUUCUUCACAGUUCCUGGAGGGCUCUUAAUUGUACCAGGUUGUUACAGCCUGGGAACAGGUCUCUUGCCUAACUUCCUUAGUAUCUGAGAGUGCCCUAGAAAGGACAGUGUUUAGAGGGCAAAUUUUCUUAACAUUUAAGAUGUCUAGUGUCAGACUGUAUUUUCUUUCAGGCACGGUUAAGAAUGGCCCAGCUGGGUCACUUGUUAGUAUAUAGCUGGCUUGUCAGCCUGAGAGAGAAUUUGGGGUUUGAUUUUUUGAUACUUUUAUAUCCUUACUAAUAUGUGUGAACAAAGACACCAUGUGUCUUGCUUCUGCCUGGCCAGCUGGGUUUGUUAGUAUCAUGGGACGAGAUAAGGGAUGGAGCUAACGUGUUACAGGGCAUGGUGGGAGAGUAACAUGAGCAUAUGCUGGGAGGCUGCCUGGCUCCUUUCUCAAGCCAAGGUCAAGCAACCCUUUAGGAUCGUCAUGGUGGAUGCGGGGAGUGCAGACAUAAGAAACACUACAAGCUUGGCCUUGGCCUGAAAACUACCUCACUCCUUACCCCUCUCAUGGGGUACAAAAGAGGUGGGACGAAGACCCCAGGCAUACGACCCCCGAGAACGGAGCAUGACCAUAAGUUGUAAGGCAGGAGUUGGCAACCUUUCGGAAGUGCUGUGCCGAGUCUUCAUUUAUUCACUCUAAUUUAAGGUUUCGC